CCGCGUUCCCACCUUCCGGUCCGCCGAGCUGGGAGAAGUUCACAGCGAUCAGCUGAUCCCCACUGACAACAAGAGGAGCCGGAGGAGGAGACGGGGGAGGGGAGAAGCGAGAAGAAGAGAGGAGGGGAAGUUUUCAGGGAGGUCUCUUCUAAGCCUCUGGAGGUAGCGGGCCCCGCUCCCCGAAGACACGCUGACCAUUAGGCCUCCGACGAAAUACCGGGGUGCUCGACUCGAGGUAUCGAAACGCGCCCGACCAUUUGUUUUACAACUCCGAAACCACAAGACCGAGGAUCCGGAGGGAGGCCGGUGUGGUCGGUCAUUUGGGGGUCGUCCCCCCCCGGCUCCGCCCCGUGACGAGACCCCCGUUUUAAGAUCGCCCUCUCCCCCGAAUCUCCCCGGCCCUCGAUGGAUAAUGAAGUCACUGGGCCCGGCGGACGUCUGCGCUGAUGUCCCGGGUGCGGAAGAGGCUGCCGGAGCCGAGGCCCAGCUGUCCCUGAAGGAAAGGUCGGGGUGACUCCCCUCGCUCUCCCGCUUGGCCCGAGCCCUGCACCCCCGGAUCGCGCCGAGAUGAGCGCCCGGCCGGCCCCGGCGGGGGACAGAGGGGCGCCCCCGGGGCUGGCCUGCCAGGAGAGCUACGCCUGCGGCGGCACGGAGCGGGCGGCCUUCGAAUGCGACGAGUGCGGCAGCCUGCAGUGCCCCCGCUGCGAGGAGGAGCUCCACAGGCAGGACCGCCUCCGGGACCACGAGCGGACGCCCAUCCGGGCCGACCACGUGCCCUACUGCGACCCGUGCAAGGGGGCCGACGGCUUCUCGCCCGCCGCCCGGCCCCGGGCCGCCGUCCGCUGCCAGGCCUGCAAGGUCAACCUCUGCGGCGACUGCCAGAAGAGGUCUCACGCCGGCGGGAGCAAGAGGAGGCACCCGCUGACCGUCUACCGGCCGCGGGGCGACCAGGCCCCGCCGGACGCGGCCGACGAGGAGACCGGGAGGAGGAGGAUGACGGAAAAGGUCGUCAGUUUCCUCCUGGUGGAUGAGACCGAGGAAAUUCAGGUGGAGGACGAAGAGGACUUCAUCAGGAAACUGGACUGCAAACCGGAGCAGCCCUUGAAGGUGGUGUCCAUCUUCGGGAACACGGGGGACGGGAAGUCCCACACCCUGAACCACACUUUCUUCUACGGCCGCGAGGUCUUCAAGACGUCGCCGGCCCAGGAGUCGUGCACGGUGGGCGUGUGGGCGGCCUACGACCCGGUCCACAGGGCGGCGGUCAUCGACACGGAGGGGCUGCUGGGGGCCACCGUCAACCUGAGCCAGAGGACCCGGCUGCUGCUCAAGGUCCUGGCCAUCUCGGACCUGGUCAUCUACCGGACUCACGCCGACCGGCUGCACAACGACCUGUUCAAGUUCCUCGGGGACGCCUCCGAGGCCUACCUGAAGCACUUCACCAAGGAACUCAAGGCCACCACGGCCCGCUGCGGGCUGGACGUCCCCCUGUCCACCCUGGGGCCCGCGGUCAUCAUCUUCCACGAGACCAUGCACACCAAGCUCUUGGGGUCGGAUCACCCGCCGGACAUGGCCGAGAAGCUGAUCCAGGAGCGUUUCCGGCAGCUGAGCCGCUUCCCCGAAGCCUUCAGCUCCAUCCACUACAAAGGGACGAGGACGUACAACCCCCCGACGGACUUCUCCGGCCUCCGCCGGGCCGUGGAGCUGCAGCUGGACAACACCACCACCCGCUCCCCUCGCCCCCCGGGGGUCGUCUACAAAGCCCUCAAGGCCCUGAGCGACCGUUUCAGCGGCGAGAUUCCCGAUGACCAGAUGGCCCACAGCUCCUUCUUUCCGGACGAAUACUUCACCUGCUCCUCCAUCUGCCUCAGCUGUGGGUCCGGAUGCAAGAACAGCAUGAACCACGGCAAGGAAGGCGUCCCCCACGAGGCGAAGAACCGCUGCCGGUACUCCAAUCAGUACGACAAUCGCGUCUACACCUGCAAGGCCUGCUACGAGGGAGGCAAGGAGGUGAACGUCGUGCCCAAGACGUCCGCCUCCACCGACUCCCCCUGGAUGGGGCUCGCCAAGUACGCCUGGUCUGGGUACGUGAUCGAGUGCCCCAACUGCGGAGUGGUUUACCGCAGCCGGCAGUACUGGUUUGGGAACCAAGAUCCCGUGGACACCGUCGUGCGCACGGAGAUUGAACACGUCUGGCCCGGGAUGGACGGCUUCCUGAAGGACAACAACAACGCGGCUCAGCGGCUGCUGGAUGGGAUGAACUUCAUGGCCCAGUCGGUCUCCGAGCUGGGCCUGGGCCCGACCAAGGCCGUCACGUCCUGGCUGACCGACCAGAUCGCCCCUGCCUACUGGAGGCCCAACUCCCAGAUCCUGAACUGCAGCAAGUGCUCGGCGUCCUUUAAGGAGAACGACACGAAGCACCACUGCAGGGCCUGUGGAGAAGGGUUCUGCGACGGCUGCUCUUCCAAGACUCGCCCGGUGCCCGAGAGGGGCUGGGGCCCGGCCCCCGUGCGGGUCUGCGACACCUGCUACAACGCCAGGAGCGUCCAGCCGGACGUCCAAGAGGCACAGCUGGACGAGGAAGGGGGGACGCUGAUCGCCCGGAAGGUGGGCGAAGCCGUGCAGAACACGCUGGGGGCCGUGGUCACCGCCAUGGACAUACCGCUAGGUCUGGUGAAGGACGCGGCCCGCCCCGCCUACUGGGUGCCGGACCACGACAUCCUCCACUGUCACCACUGCCGCAAGGAGUUCAGCCUGAAGCUGUCCAAGCACCACUGCCGGGCCUGCGGCCAGGGCUUCUGCGACCAGUGCUCCCCGGCCCGCCGCCCCGUCCCCUCCCGCGGCUGGGACCACCCCGUCCGCGUCUGCUUCAGCUGCAAUAAAAAGACCGGCGACCUCUAACCCGCCCUGCCCCCGACCCCCCCCCCCCCCCCCCCGCCCACCACGAUUCCUUAGGUUCUCAGGGUUAGCCACAGAAAGCUGUUCGGGUUUUGAGGGCGGGGAGGGGGGGGGGUCUCCUCUCGUUCCCCCCCGGGGCCGGGGCCCACGUGGCCUCUCGGGGUCCCUCACCCUGAGACGCGGGGCGGCGGGGAGGGGACGCCCGAAGGCACGGCGGAGGCCCGAGCGACUCAGCUCCGAGACGAGUCCACCGCAUUUUAUUCCAGUUAAACGUAUAUAUAUAAAAUCUAAAUAUAUAGAGAGAGCCGUAUAAAUACGAAAAAGGAAAAAAAAAAAACCCCUCCCCCACCGUCCGUCGGGCGCGGCGAGGAGGCGGCGGAGGGGCCGCGUCCCCCCCGCUGAGAGGUGACGGCUCGGGAUGGUCACGGGGCUCUCCCCGCCCCCCGGCCGGGCUCUCCCCCAAGCCGCCGCGUCGCCCGUAGCCUUUCGCUCGUCCCCUCGACGCCUCGGGAGCUUUCCCUCCGUCCCCCCCGGCCGCGAUGGCCGGGGCCUCGGCCGCGUCCGGUCGCUUGGGGUCCCGUCCCCUUCGGCACCGGAUCCAACCCCAAACUCCGACUCACGGCCGCCGCCCGCUUUCCCCUCGAUGGGCGGGGAUCGGGAGUGAGGCCGAGGCCCGCCUGGGCCCCGCCGGCCCCCCGGGGAGGGCAAGGAGCCCACCCGAAACCCCCCCCCCCCCCGGGGUCAGCCUCCUCUUCCUCUCCCCCCCUCCCUCCCGAAGGCCCGCUUUUCUGGGACCUCCGCCCGCCUCCGGCCGGUCUGAGACGCCGAGACCCCCCCACCCCGCCCGGGAAACCGUCCUCUCUACAAUCCCUCAUCGCCUCCCGCCGACGCGCCACCCCUCGAAGCCCGGGACCUGCUUUCUGAGUGUCGUGCUAGGAUUUUACCGCUCGUUUUAAAGUGUCUUAUCUUCUUCGUCCCCAGACUGCUCUCCGGCCGUCAGAAGGGCAGUGGCAGGGACCGCAAGAAAUCUUCCAGGGAAAGAUGGGACUGUUCAGGGGUUUUUUUGGUUUCUCUCUUUCCCGCUCCCGAUAUAAAUAUCACAGCCGAUCAAACGCGGGGGGAAAAAGAAAUUCCCCACUCUUCUCCGGACUCCCUAAGGAGAAACCAGAUCAACGCUUCCGUCUCCCUACAGCGCCGCCGUGGGGGAAGAGGUGGUCGGGAAACGAUCCUUUGUUCUUCAAGAUGGGAGUUUUUGGCAUCUUGGGAUUAAGAAGCGGGAUGGGGGUGGCGGGCAACGUUCCGGAAUUAGCUGGAAGACUCAAUUCUGUCGGCGGGAAGCGAGUAGCGGCUUGCAGGGAGGGGAGGUGGGGGUGAGUUUCGUGGCCAGGCGUAGACGGACAUCGAGCUCGCGUAGUGUUUGGUUCCCCUGCUGCCCCCACUCCCCCCUCUGUAGCUCGGGGACUGAGACUCCACUUUUAGAAGUGUAUUAUUAAAUUAAUAACUGUCAUAAAGGACUUCCUUCUA